AUGUCAUCAGAAGAACAAACACCCGGGCCCGCCGCCACCGCUGAACCCGCAAUGGCCAAGCGCUCCGCCGAGCAUCUCGAGGAGAAGCCAGCAGCGCCUGUCGAAACAGUGACGGAGCCCACACCCACCGCAGCCUCAACCUCCGGGCAGCCAGUGGCAAAGAAGAUCCGCACCGACCCGCGUGACGGUGAAGCCGCCAUCAAGGCCGAAUUCCUCGUUCUAUCCACCCCACGCAUCGACCCCUCCACCGUCGCCAACGACGACAACGCCGAAGCCGCCCGCCACGAGGGCGACGACCGCGACCGCGGCAAGAAGCGUGACCGCGGCCAGAACAAGGCGCGCAAGUUCCACUUCGCAAAGGAGAGCGUCAAGCUGUGCAACAGCUUUGUGCUGCUGCCGCGCGAGAGCCUGUUUGCGAGCGCGGCGUGCGAGUUUGCGGGGGGCACGAGUGCGCGGUGGAAUAAUGCUGCUGACAAGCGCGGGAAGGGUAGAGGGAAGGGGAAGGGAGGCAAUAGGGGUCAGGAGCAGGAGGCUCCAGAGAAGGUAGAGGAGCAGAAGGAGGAGGCUGGUGGGGAGAAGAAGGAGGGGGAGACAGAGGCCCCCCCGGCGAGACAGCUGUGCGCUUAUACGCAUGUGCUUAGGGACUACCUGAAGAGCAAGAAGGAGGACAUUGACGGUGUCUGUCCGGUGUGGGAGAAGCGCGGAUGGUGUGCGAGUGGCUGGCGCUGCAGGUGGCUUAAAUCGCACAGCAAGGAGGAGGAUGGGGAGCUCAUGCUCGUGAUCGACGAGGAGCGGAGGAAGGCCUAUGAAGCCUCUAUGGCGGAGCAGAUGAAGCAGAAGAUUGCCAACUCAAAGGUCAUCAAGGGUGCUAAUGACGAUAGACCACAGGAUUGGGAGAAGGAGGUUCCUGUUGGUGGGUUUGAUGAUCCAUAUGGGGAGUGCAUAAAUAACGUCCCCAUGAGUGUAAAAAUCACCCUGAGGAAGAACCAAUUCCCCCUUCCAAAGAGCAAGAUCUACAACGCAUUCAUCGAUGCGCAGAAGAAGGAGCGCGGCCCAGAUGGCGAUAUCUUGGAGGACCGGGCUUCAUACGUCGAGGAGCCCGUCCGGGCCGAAGAGAAGCGCAAGCUCUACAUCGGCCGCGAAACCCCCCUUCUCGCGCCCUUAACAACCACCGGCAAUAUGCCCUUCCGGCGCCUCUGCUCCUCCCUCGGCGCGGCCCUCACCUACUCCGAAAUGGCCAUGACCCUCCCCCUCCUCCAAGGCCACAAGCCCGAAUGGGCCCUCCUCAAAGCACACUCCUCAGAGCUCCCCCACUUCGGCGCACAAAUCUGCGGCACCCGUCCCGACACCGUGAUCCGCGCCACCGAAGCCCUCUGCACCCUCUUCCCCAGCGCCUCCUCCCCGCGUCACGGCCUCUCGCUCGUCGACCUCAACUGCGGCUGCCCCAUCGACCUCGUCUACAAGCAAGGCGGCGGCUCCGCGCUCCUCGACAGCCAGGGCAAGCUCCUCAGAAUGCUCUCAGGCAUGAACUACGUCAGCGGCGAAACGCCCAUCACCGUCAAGGUGCGCAUGGGCUGCAAGGACGGCCACCCCACCGCGCAGAAGCUCGUGCACAAGCUCUACGACAAGGGCUGCGUGCAGGCCAUCACGCUGCACGGCCGCAGCAGACAGCAGCGCUACACGCGCUCCGCCGACUGGACCUACAUCGCCGAGACCGCGGCGCUGAUCAAGAGCCUGAAAGAGACGUCUGACGCCGCGGCCGACACGGCCGCCGAGAAGGAGGCCCGCGAGAAGCUCCCCGUGUACCUUGUCGGCAAUGGCGACUGCUACUCGCACAUUGACUACUACAACGGCAUCGAGCAGUCCGGCGUGGACUCGGUGAUGAUUGCGCGCGGCGCGCUGAUCAAGCCGUGGAUCUUCGAGGAGAUCACGGCCGGCCAGUAUCUGGACAAGUCGGCGACCGAGCGGCUGGCGUAUGUGGGCGACUUUGCGCGCUACGGGCUGGAGUACUGGGGCGCGGACGAGCUGGGGGUGGCGACGACGAGGAGGUUCCUGUUGGAGUAUUUGGGCUUCUCGUGCCGCUAUGUGCCGCUAGGGAUCUUGGAGAGGUUGCCGCCGAAGAUUCAGGACCGCCCACCGCUGUGGAAGGGGAGGAGUGAGUUGGAGACGCUGAUGGGCAGUGGGGAUUAUAGGGAUUGGAUCAAGAUCACGGAGAUGUUCUUGGGGAAGGCGCCAGAGGAUUUCUACUUUACUCCGAAGCAUAAGAGCAACGCCUAUGAGAGCAUCGAGGCGGAGGGUUAG